UCCAAAUCAAUUGUCAAAUGCGUCUGGCGAAGAUGGUAUGAUAUCGUUUAAAAUUCAUGCACCGGUGCGGAUAUUAUCAAAAAGUGCUGGCAGUAAUAUGAAAUUAUGGGGCGUGGAAAUAAAUGGACGUCGUGGUUAUGCCAACAAGGAUUUCAUAAUGGAAAAGAAAAUUUUAAUCAGCGAAAAGGAUCUCAAGUACGAAUUGCCUGUGCAGCCACUGAAACCCGUUGCAGAAGCAGCUCCAGCAACAGCUCAAAUUGUGAAUAAUCCAGUACAGGCGGAGGAAAAGCCAUCGGAGGAUGUACAGUCACCCCAAGAGCAACAACAGCCAGUGUUGAAUGCUUCCGAGACAGCAGAGGAUGUGGCAACGACAACAACAUCACCACUGGACACACUCAAGCUCUCCAUUCUCACAGAGCAGGAUCAAAGUGGCAGCAGCGAAGUAUCGACACCGAUUACACCUGUACAGGCCAAUCUUCAGUUGGUGGAUGGCACUGAGCUGCCACUGGAAGCUUUGCCAGCAACAACUGAACGAAUUGAGAAUCUUACAAAAGUCGAGACUGCACAGGAGCCGAGGAAAGCAGCUAGAACUGAAGCGACUCCAGAGACUCUAACGACAACAACUAGCAACGAUGAGUUAGAUUACGAAGAAGAUGACGAUGAUGACAUCUACGAAGACGACGACGAAGAUUCGACACUUGAUAGCAAAGAUAACGAUAUACCAAACGAUAAAAAAGCAGAAAACGUGGCCAGCAGGACCGAAGGCGAGGCAAACGUGGCCGACAAAGCACCAGAAGUUGUUGUAAUCCCAGAGCCAGUCACCAGCUCUUCUAGUCAAGCAACUCCAGCUGUUGUCCAGGUAGAAGAACAAACCAAUUCAUCGCUUGAAGCAGAGGCAAAGCAUGCUGCCCCUGUCGGGAAUACAUCCCAAAUAGUUCCUGAAAGCCAACCAACUGAUAUUCCAAACAUAAAUGAAGCUAAUUUGGUUAAAGAAACUCAGAAUGUCAACGCUGAGCCUGCGCCCGCAGUUAAAGUAAAAUUGGAACAACAACCACAAGCAGAAGAAGCAACCAGUGCCAUUGACAUAGAGUCAAAGAGCGUAAAGCAAACGAUACAAAAACCUUUAGAAGUAAAGCAAUCUGAUGCUGAGCUGGUUAAAGAGGAAAUAACAGCUCAGCCGGUUGUAGAAGAGAUCGUAGCUCAGCAGAUUAAAGAGCAAACUGUAUCUCAAUCUGAAACGAUAGAGGCACAAAAAUUGACAAAUGAAACGACAGUUCAGGAACUGAAGAUUGCUAUCGAUACUCCAAAGGAUUUUGAACCCACAGAAGCUCUGUCACAACAAACAACAGUGCCAGCAGCUCAGUUGGACAUCAAAGUUCAGAAAGAAUCCGCAACAGUUGAAACUGAAAACGUGCAUCAUGAAAUUAAAGCUGAAUCAAUGCCAACUCCUGUGGAUACGCCAAAGACUGAAACUGAACCUGUUAAAAUAGUAACAAAUGCUGCUCAGCCAAAGGAAAUCAUAGAUGAAAAAGUUCAAGAAGAGUUUAAAAUUUCAACAGCAGCUCAGCAAACUGAUGAUCAGUCUAAGAUAGAGACAGAAGCUGCACUUCCAGUUGUAAUUGAAGAUCAGCAAGUUGAAGCAGAGGUAGAAGCGUCAAAGGAAACUCAGCAAACUGAAGUAAAUCAAACGGAAGCUCCACAAAUCGAAGCUCAACCAAUGCUAGAUCAGAUUGAAACAACAACGGCUCCAUAUAUUAUCCAGGAUAGCACUAUAGCCUCGCCUAGGGAAGAGACUGUGGCGCCUCCAAGUUUACCGCCACUUUUCAAGAAGCAAAACCUUAAUCCCAAUGAAUACUACAAACAGUUGCUGGAACAGCAGCGGCAAUUAGCCAAGGAAGCGGCACAGCAACAACAACAGGCAGAAGAUGCUGCUCAGAAGGAGGCGGUGGUGCAGGAGCAACAGACCACGCCCACACCGUCAUCUUAUGAUGCCUAUGAGGCAGUGCAUCAGGCGGAACCAACUCCUGCGCCCGUUGUGACCGAAGAGAGACUCGCUACAGGCACCGUGGAACCCAUAGGAUUGCCUGCCUUGCCUGCAGAUCCUGUUAAAGAAGAUGCUGGACCAGGAUUAUUUACUACCAUCAUGGAUACUGUCAACUCUUUCAUUUCCAAUCAAGGCCAAGACCAAAAUGAACCAGAAAGAGCGCCACUUAAGGGCAACAAUGAACUGCAUCGCUUGCUUUAUCCGGACAGAGCUGUUCCUAAGGAUGGUCAACCCGAGGGCUAUUGUACGCGUCCAAUGGAUGGAGAUUGUCAUGCCACAAUUACGCUAGACAACUUUGUCGAAGUGUUAGCAUCAAAGGUGUUGGAUAACAGUCUGUUGUUGCUGUGCGUUGUCAUUGCGGCCGUUUCAUCGUUGUUCUUCAUGUUCGUCUAUUAUUGCUUCUGCAACAGCAGCCAGGAAGGUGCACUGCUCUCCAAGCUUAAUCAUUUAGAGCGUAGUCUGUUGGCGGCACACAAGGAGAACCUCAUUUUGAAGCAUGAUCUAAUGACAACGCGCACAAAGCUGUCGAGCAUUGAGGACAAUUCCUUUGGUUCCAAUGAUAUGGUGGCAGCGUUAAAAAAACAACUGGAGACGGAGCUCUAUGAAAAGGCCAAGCUACAGGAGCAGGUCACAUCGUUGGAGAAGGACUUGGAUAAUGCCGCCGAAGCAGGCUUGGAGCUGAAUAAAAUGUUGUCCGAGGUGUUAAAUGGUCAAAAUGGCGAUGAGGCAUUCAUGAGCACCGUGGAGGAGUUGCAACAGCAGCUCAAUGAUCAAGAGAAAAUCAUCAUCGAGAUCAACGCAAGUCUGGCGGAGAAAAGUCGCGAGAACAGCGAACUUCAAUACUCUUUUACAGAGUCCACCACACGUUUGACCAGCGAAAUGAAGUCCUUGCAGCAGGAUAACUAUGAACUGGAAAUGGAAAAGGCCAAGUUACAAACACGCAUCGAGGAAAUCCAAGCGGAGACGGAACAGGAACUAGCCAAGGCUCUAGAAGCACGCAACUAUGAAAUGCAAAGAUUACAGCAUCAAAUUAUGGAAUCCAAUGCCAAGCUGGACAAGGAGCACAGCGAACUGCACACAAGUCUGGCCAAAAUUGAAUCACUUGAGGAAUGCCUAAAAAUGCUAAAGAAAGAUGGCAACAUUAAUGUGCAGCAGCUCAUCAAGUCGGCCAAAACGCGUGGCGAACUCAAUGCGGCCCAACAAAAGUUCCUUGCACUGCAAACCAAGUUGGAACAGGAGCUGGCAGCCAAAACGAGACUGGAGAGUCAACUGAAGGCAUCCAGCGCUGAUGUGGAGCAGCUGAAGCAGGACUUUAAUCAGUCUGAAAGGGAUAAGCUAGAGGCGCAAACGCGCCUUGAAGUGCUCUCUGGCUAUUUCCGGGAAAAGGAAACAGAGUUGCAGAAGGAGCUGAGUUUGCAGGAAGCCAAGUGGCUGCAGCAUCAAGGCGAAAAUGCCAGCACUGUGGAGACGCAAACGCUGAUGAAGAAUGAAAUUCAGACGCUAAAAUCUCAAAAUGAUGAGUUGCGUGCAGAGAUUGAGGCACAGAUUGCCUCGCAUAAGGCACAGAUGGGCACGCUGGAGAAUCGUGCACAUGAGUCUUGGCUGGCGGCGCGUCAAUCGGAGCGUCGCUGCGAGGAGGCGCAGGCCGAGGCGGCCGGACUGCGGCGCAAGCUGACCACGAUGGCCAGCGGAGGAGCUGUGGGAGCUGCUGGCGAUAUGACGCUGGAUGCGUUGCCAGCAAAUGGUAGUAUGUUGGCGCCGGAACUUAACAGCAAUCCAUCGCCAUUGCCAUUGCCAUUGCCUGGCACGCCGGGUCUGUUAAACAUGCCCAAUCCACUGCCAUUCCUGCCGGCGCCAUUCUCGCCGUUUAUGGGUUUGCCGCCACCAUUCUUACCACCCGCGUCGGCAGCUGGAGGUGCACGUCUGCCCCCCUUGGGUCGCAUGCGUUCGCCGCCGCCAACAUCGUCAUCAAGGGGAGAUCGCUACGAUGAUCGUGAUGAUCGCGAUGAUUAUAGCGAUUAUGAUGACUACGAUGAUGAGGAGGAGGAUGAGCGUCUGAUGGAUCGACGCAGGCGUCACAGCGGCAGCUGGGGAAGAGGACAUCGCGAUGAUUAUAUGCACUCGCCUCGUACAUAUCGCUCCCUGUCGCCAUCGGACAGUCGAUACAAUUACAACGAUACGGAAACGGACUUUAGUCCACCUCCCAGCCCGCCACCACCUCGGAAGAGCUCACGACCCAUUAACGAAGUAUAAAAUUGCGGCAACAUGUACUUCACAAAGAUGGAUUCCAAUCGACGAAUCCAGCCAGAUUAUGUACGUGCAGUUGCAGAAACUCAAAACUAGUUCAAAUCUAUGUAUAUUUAUUAAUGAUCAUCGGAUUAACUACGACUAAGAGCGAUACCACAUACUAAACUCCCAAAAAAACAAAACAACAAAAAUUAGAACUAUAUGUUGUUGAGGCAUGUUUAGUUUUAAAAUAUCCAACAGUUUAAUGGCUCAAUGGUAAAUGAUAUAUCAAUGGAUAAACUAAAAUAAAACCAAAACAUUCAACAAACACCAAAUCAACUGCAGCUACUUUUUAAUUGAAAGUUCAAACGUCAGGUCAGCUUUCAAAUCCGCUUUCAGCUAUUGUACUUAAGAAUUACCGAAAUUAUUGAACUUUUAUCUGCGACUGAGGUGUAGAUUAAAUAAUUUAAAUAGCAACAACAAUAUUGGAAUCUUUGACCUUAUCCUUGGCCUCACAAUACAAAUAGCAUUGUUGAAAGUGUCUCAAAAUAUUUCUAUUUGGAAAGUUUUACAAAUUGACAUUAUAUAUUUGUGUAUGGUGUUUGUUUUAAGACUGGACUAUUAUAUCAUAUGAGACCCAUUUAUGUUCAUACGAUUAGAUAGGAAUUGAAACAUUAUCGGAUACUUAAAUCUAUGUGUUGAGUGUACUAAUAAAGCUAAUUGUCUGUA